CUCCGCGGCUUCGCGGAUGGUUUCCGGUGGCCGAUCCAAGAUGGCGGCGUGGCCGGCAGCAGGGGAGUGAGUGUGGGACAGACAAGGAGGUUGAUUCGGUGACUGGGGCUGCAUGGUUCGGGGGCCUGGAUACUCGGGGACUUAACGUGAGCUUCCGAGGAUCGCAUUGGUGGGAUCGGAGGAGACAGAGAGGGAUCCUUUGGAGGUGGUGGUGGUGGAGGAGGAAGAAGGGGAGUUUAUAUCACAGACGGAGGGGGGGGGGGUGCGUUGGUGUGAGGAUUUUUUUUAAUCCAAAGAAGGCUCUUUACUUGUGAAAUACUUCCUCGAGCCAUGGCUUCGGCGUCCGGCAACGACGACGAUCUGACAAUCCCCCGGGCGGCCAUCAAUAAAAUGAUCAAAGAGACGCUGCCUAACGUACGGGUGGCUAACGAAGCCCGGGAGCUGGUGGUGAGCUGUUGCACCGAGUUCAUUCAUCUCAUCUCCUCUGAGGCCAACGAGAUCUGCAACAAGUCGGAGAAGAAGACCAUCUCCCCAGAGCACGUUAUCCAAGCCCUGGAGAGUCUUGGAUUUUGCUCUUACAUUAGUGAAGUAAAGGAAGUCCUGCAAGAGUGUAAAACAGUGGCACUAAAGAGGAGAAAAGCAAGUUCACGUCUUGAAAAUCUUGGCAUACCAGAAGAAGAACUGUUGCGCCAACAGCAGGAGCUAUUUGCAAAAGCCAGACAGCAGCAGGCAGAAUUAGCCCAGCAGGAAUGGUUACAGAUGCAGCAAGCAGCUCAGCAAGCACAGUUAGCAGCAUCUGCCACAGCCAAUCCAGUCAACAAAGCAGGAUCAUCACAAGAUGAAGAGGAAGAGGAUGAUGUGUAAACUUUAUCAGCAAAUUAGUUGUACACAUUAUUUACCACAUUGUUAACAAUGACUUGGUUUGUCUGCAAUUUCCAGCUUCAUUCACAACUUUGCAGACUGGCUCCUGGUGUUAGAGUGUCACUGGUCAAGUUACGGUUGUCAUGAGUUUUCAUGUGUAACAGUGAAUCACUUACGUGUACAGGAUUGGAAGUUUUGCAGACUAAUAUUGAAUAUUUACCUAACAGGUGACCAGAAUUGGGAGCAACAAAUCACUGCAGUACUUUGAAGCUCCAGCACCUGUUUCUUGUAUCUUUCUGAAAUUCAGUAUUGUUACUGCUCAUGAAUCUGAGAAGUAAUGCUUCAGUUUGUGUAAUCGGUUGCUUCCUUAUUGUUCAAUACUGAAAGCAAAAUUUAUUAAGUGGCUUAUUUAAGUUUGCAACUGAAAUGUUUUUUAAUGUAUGACUUGUAACCGGUGGUAAGAAUGACUUUAAAAAAUCCAAAUUUAACUGCCCAUAUUUCAUUUUUCCUUUGAAAAGGAUGUUUAACUGGGUUCACAGAAUUUUAAAAAGUAACAAUAUUAACUUUGGUAAAACCGUCAGAUCUGUCGUAGGCUAUUUACUCUUAAUUUUAUGUGGCACGUGUUCUUACUUCAUGGCUAGUUUUAACUCAUGGAUGUUAAGUAAACUCUAUUUCCCAAUGUCAGUGUUAAAAACAAAACAUCAUUUUAGUCAGCAGUUAUAAUACCAAAGAGUGAAGUCAACGGUGGGAAGAUUGACAAAUGAGCUAGGGUACUUAGAGAGUGUAUGUUAACUGCUGCUUAAAUGUUUUAGCUGUUUUUGUACUGUCAUGUUCAAGUUCUUACAGAAAUAUUCACAACUGCUAACUAUUUUGGGAUUGACAAAUUUCACCUUUAUCUGUGGGAGAUUUCCAAUGCAGAGUGUAUGUUUUUUAAAUCGCAAUGCGAAGUUGAUUGUGCUAGUUAAUAUGUAACUCUUCCCUGGUGCUUAUUGUUCUCUUACAUUUUUUCAUGUGCUGUUUCUCUUAGCAAUAAAAAGACGCGUUUUUAUUAAAAAUGUUAAAAAUCCA